UUGGAGCCACCCCACCCCCCGCGCGCCACCGGAAGUGACGUAGAGGAAGUAGUAAAAGCAGCCAGCAGCUAGCCGGCGAGGGGCUGUGGGCUGGCGGGCUAGUGGGAUGGCAGAUGAGGAAGAAGACCCGACCUUUGAGGAGGAAAAUGAAGAAAUUGGAGGAGGUGCAGAAGGUGGACAGGGUAAAAGAAAGAGACUUUUUUCUAAAGAAUUACGUUGUAUGAUGUAUGGGUUUGGGGAUGACCAGAAUCCUUACACUGAGUCAGUGGAUAUUCUUGAAGAUCUUGUCAUAGAGUUCAUCACUGAAAUGACUCACAAGGCAAUGUCAAUUGGAAGACAAGGUCGAGUACAAGUUGAAGAUAUCGUCUUCUUGAUUCGAAAGGACCCAAGGAAGUUUGCUAGGGUUAAAGACUUGCUCACCAUGAAUGAAGAACUGAAACGAGCUAGAAAAGCAUUUGAUGAAGCAAACUACGGAUCUUGAUAAAUUUUGUACUUUGUGAAAUUUCAUUAUCUUCUGUGGAAAUCACAUAUAAUAAUUGUGUAUUUUGUUCAGUAAUGUCCUAAUAUCUAGGCAUGUAAAUGAAAGAUGGAGAAACAAAGUUUUCAGCCUUUAUUUUCAUGUCUUUGAUUUUAGAGUGAUCCUUGAGCCUUUAAUUGCCUGCCUUUACAUGAUUAUACUUGAAUUACUUACUGAGUUUAAUGACUACACGUAAGUUAAAGUACCUUACAAAUUAUGCAGUUCCUUCUGACUUUUGACUAUCUAAAGGAUGAAGUAGUAUUUAUGUUUUAGGUAUAUUUGUGCCAUUAUAAGCUAUACUAUAGCUGUUUAAUAUGUGAAAUCUAAGUGUCAUUUUGACUAUGACAGCUGAGACAUAUGCCUUACAUAUUCUGAAGUUUUUAGACAACAGUGGUCUGAGAUGUUAUUAAAGAUAGUGAAUUGGUUUUCUUUUAAGGAGAUGAUAUUUGAAACUACAAGUUUUUGUAAGAAUGUUUAUGUGUCUUAAAUGAUAAUUUGUUUUAAUAUUUUCUAAAGAGUGAUUUUUUUAUUUUUAUUUUUUUAGAAACUUAAAAGUUUCAUGUUGAUGCUUCCAUGUUGAAAGACUUUUUUGAUUUAAAAUCUUUUGGACUUAGGUUACUUUUUAAGUUUUAGAACUCAUUUUCCCAAUCAUCUACUUUCAGGAGCAGGAAUGGCAAUGUUUAAUGAGCUAAUGGUAGGAUAAGCAUUUGGGGUAGUGUUUUUUUAACAUAUUUGUAAGUACUUGUGGAAAUGUGUAGUUGACUAAAACUGUAUGUAGCUACAAGAACCACUUUUGUAGUUCACAGUAUACAGGUUUUGUGUGAAUUUAACUUACUGCAUUAAAUUAUUGCCCUUAGCUUAAAAUAAGGAUUAAAAUUGCAUUUAAAGAGAUCACUGAAUGUUACUGUUUGUGAAACUGAGCUUUUUGAUUCUACUUAUAAAUAGUAUCUAUAAAUCAGUACCUGGGAAAAUUUUACUUUCUUAACCUAUUGAUACAAGGAAUAAAGUAUAAAAAAAUUAAACAGA